UUUCCUCUGUCACGCGCCGGUGGAUUUGAUUUGAAGAUGGCAGACGAAGGGGAGGCUGUGUCCGAGUCUUCCACCGUGUCUCCCCCGGAGAGCGUUCGCAGCGCCCGGCCUCACUCCGUUUCUUUCUCUGAGAGCGUCCAGCCGGCAGUGGGGAUGGUGAGUCAGCUGCUGGGCCAGCCGUCGUCCCUUAAAUUUGACAAAAACAUCAAGCAGGCCUUCUACAACACGGGAGCGAUGAUUUUCGUGGCUAUCUGCUGCGGAGCGGCGGUGCUGGUCUACUUCAUCCUGGAAGCCUUCCUCCGGCCGCUGCUCUGGGCGGUGCUCUGCGGCACCUUCCUGCACCCCUUCAAGCACUCCCUGGCCCGGCUGGGCCGCUCGUGGCUCAGCAGCCUGGAGGACACCGGGACCCCCAUCGUAGUGGGGACGUUGCUGGUCCCCGUGUGGUGUGUGAACUACGGUGUGGAGGCCAUGGGCAGGCUGGUCCUGGAGAAGCUGACGGUGCUGCUGGUGUUCGGGACCGGAGCGCCGCUGCUCUACUUGCUCUACCUGUUCUGGAGUACGAUCGGCAUGCAGGUGAUCUUGGGGCAUGUCUGUGGGGUCAUCGCGGUCACGCUCGACUGUUUCCAUGCGGUGUGGGUGUGUACUGUGGUUGUUGGCUACCUGUUGGUAGUAUGCUUCAAAUGGAGUCCCCACACUGAGCGAUACCUUAGGUCUCUUGCUCUGCCUGUCUGGGCCUCCUUACUCUUCUACAUUGUGUCUCUGACAGGCUCCUGGAGAGUGCCUAUAUUUGUGGUUGUGGUAAUACUCCUCAUCAUUGGCUCCCAACAGAAACCACCUGUACCUGGUAGAGGAGAGUUGUCAGGGCAGGUGUUGUCAUUCGCUGCUAACACAAUCUACAUGGCAAUUUCCUGCAGCAACUUGCAACUGAAAACUGAGCCCAGCGAUACACCUGCCACAGAUGGAGUGGAGUCUGCAGGCCCUGGCUCUGUUCCUGCUGCACCCAGGAUCUCUUGGCGCCAUCGGUCAAUGCCAGGUGGCCUCUUUCAUAAAGAGAAGAGCCCCCAAAAAGCUAGUGAUAUCUACUUUGUUUUGCUGGUCUGGGCCAUAGUACUGGUUCAGAUCUGGUUACACCUUUGGAUCCUACAACUGCUGCCCAUCCUCGUGGCUGUAUGGGUGAUGAAGAGAUUGGUGGUCCACUUUGGCCUAAUGAGCUUUGCUCAGCAGACUCUUGCUUCAUGGUGGGCAGUGCUGGAGAAGUUUGGACGUGAGCGUGAGGAGGCGCUGUUACCUGGACCAAUCAGAGGUCUUGCCCAGUUCCUGCUGCGUACCGAUACUAAGCUCUGGCAUUGGCUUAACAAGCAGAUGAUCAUGUGGUUGGAGCGAUCGCUAGAUAAAAUCAUCAGCAUCUUCAUCAUCUUCCUCCUGGUCACAGGGACGCUGCUCGUGGCUCUGCUGCUAACUGCAAUGGUUCAUCACGAAAGCGUUCACAUAGUUGAUGUAACCAGCAACCUCAUCAAUGAGACUCUGUCUAACCACCCAGAAUGGGCAAACUGGCUUCCAGAGGCCCGCGUGGUCCAGAAGGCUCUGAAUUCAGCUGCGACUAACGUCUACCAGCAUGGUCGAGAAUGGAUAACAUAUAAACUCCAUAAGAUAUUAGGAGACAAGGUGAACCAAACAGCAGUUAUUGAGAAACAGGUUUUGGAGCUUUGGGACAGAUUGUACCACUCCUGGUUUGUUAAGAAUGUGACCCACUCUGGACGCCACCGUAGUCAGAAGAUUUUGCUUCACAGACAUAGCAGUUGGCUGGUGGACAUUCUGGACUGGAAGGACAUUGCCUCGUUUUUACAAGAAAAUAUUGAGACUCUGCUCUCUAUCCUGGAGUCUCUGUGGGUGGUGAUGAGUAGGAAUGUUGGCCUCCUCAUCUCCACGACGACCACUCUGCUUACUGUGUUAUUCCACAGCGGUACGGCUCUGCUUAACUUUGCCCUGAGUCUGGUGAUUUUUCUGACCACUCUGUUUUACCUGCUGAGCUCCAGUGGAGAAUAUUACAAACCUGUCAAAUGGGUGAUCAGCCUGACACCUCUCUCUCAGCCUGGACCCUCCUCUAACAUCAUAGGCCACUCUGUCGAAGAGGCCAUCAGAGGAGUGUUCGAUGCCUCUCUGAAGAUGGCUGGAUUCUACGGCCUCUAUACUUGGCUCACUCACACCAUCUUUGGCAUCAACAUAGUCUUCAUUCCUUCUGCUCUGGCUGCCAUCCUUGGUGCUGUGCCGUUCCUGGGGACGUACUGGGCAGCGGUGCCGGCUGUGUGUGACCUGUGGUUUGCUCAGGGCGAAGGUGUCAAGGCCAUCCUGCUGCUGAUCUGCCACCUGCUCCCAACCUACUUUGUAGACACGGCCAUCUACUCAGAUAUCUCAGGGGGCGGACAUCCCUAUCUGACUGGCUUGGCGGUGGCGGGAGGGGCCUACUAUCUGGGUCUGGAGGGAGCCAUCAUUGGGCCCAUCCUCCUCUGCAUCCUGGUGGUAGCGGCCAACAUCUACAGCGCCAUGCUGAUGAGCCCGAGUUCUGCGACUCCCACACCAGUGCAGUCCAGCUGGCCUGUCCACCCCCUCAGGGUCUUUGCAGAAUCUACCCCUUCCAUGCUGAAGACCAGUGAAUAAUUAGAAGUGCCAUGUCUGCUUUGGGGAAGUGGUCCCUUCCCUGAGAUUCCACUCUAUAGGGUCCAUCCUGCUCAGGAGAUGGAUGUGCAGCUGUUGGCUAAACCGUGAUGCCCUCUGCUGAUGUCUGGUUCAGAUUGUGUAAUUAUGCACAGGCUGAUCCGAGUCUACGCCCUCAAAACGCCUUGAGGAUUGGUGGGGAAUACAUUGCUGAUCACAUCUUGCAGGUUUUAGUGCCUAAUCUAAUUUUCUUUUUUUAUAUAAUGUCAUAUGAAAUUAUUCUUGUGUCCAUGUGUUGUUUGUGGGUGAAGCCAUAUGGAAUGUGCGAUACACAAACGCCCUGGUUCGUAGAUGUCACGUCCUGACUCUAAGGUAUAAGGUUGUUCAGUAUUUAUACAUUCUUUGGUCCUACCGGAGGGACGUUUUUGGUGAAGGUUCAACUGAGCAGAAAACCUUUGUUAUAGAUCUCUUCAGUCCUGGGACAGAAAGACGUCGUUCAUGUUACAGUGGUCGAUUAAAAACAUCUCGUCUAUAAAGGCUUCUUUAUGCAACUAAAUACAACAUACAUGUGUAUAUUAGUAGUGUGCCUGCUGCUGAUUGUCAUCCACCUCUUCAUUGCCAGUGUAGAGCAAAGUGGUAAAAUUGUUAAGACAAACUUGCGUAGCGUCUCUUCAAAGGUUUCCACCAUUUUUGUUUUGUUGUUCCAAAAGAAUGCACCCACACAUGCAUUCACUCCAGUGGUUGUACGUUCUCUGUAGCUGUAUGUGUUUGUGUCAAGUUAAUUUUGGUUUCCAACAAAAGCACUUGAACAACACUAGAUAUGUAUGACAUCAAUGUUUGUGCCUUAAUGUCAGUUUUUGUUGCCACUGUUUUGUUACUGACAGAUUUAAGGUUCAGAUCUGACAGAUGUUGGACAUUUUCAGUAUCUGGCAUGCAUUUGACAGUCCAUCUCCGCUGUAACACAGAAGCAGCUAAAACAUACGCCAACUGGAGCAGGCAGAGCUGGAGCGGAGCGUUAUGCUGUCUUUAGUCUCACUAACUGUAGUUGACAGGAAAUGAAAUGUGUAAAGCAAGAAAUGUGCUUCACAAUUACAGCAUUUCAGUGUCGCUGCCAAAAAAGAAAAAAAAAAUUAAAUGCUGCAGAGUAAGACUGUGAAAGUGUAACAACUAUACUGCUCUGUCUGAUGUUAAAAGGCUACUGAGGCUCCGCUAAUGCGAGUUUUCCUAAAAACAAAACUAAAAAUAACCCCAACACAUUUUGUUGCCACGUUGUACAUGUAGCAAAGGGGAUUAAAGCAUGACUACAUGUGAAGUGUUGCUGAAAGGGGAUGUUUUUUAAAGUUUGGGUCUGUGUGCUGCACAAUUACCCCGGGGGCCGGGGUUAAAAAUGUCAUAAUGUUGCCAGAUCUGAAAGUUGAAAGUGGCCACUGGUUAUUAUUAAUGAAUAGUUAUGUUUUUGAUGUGUUAAUGUUAGGUGUGUAUUGACUCAUAUUUGUUCAGUGGAUCAUUUUGGUUUCAUUCUUACUGUUUGUUUUUACACUUAUUUUAUUUAUUUCCAGUGUUUUUAUUUGGCAUCUUCAUGCAGCCGUUUGACAGGUCUGCCUUGAAAAUUUGAUAUGAAAUCUCAGCGUGUGUUUUAUUGUUAUUUUUUUAAACCUGGUUAACAGCAGCAACUGGACUCUAGUCUGCAAGAUUUUCAUUACUCAUCUGAGCUGCUUUUUCAGUGUGAAAUAAAUUAAUGAGCGAACCAAAGAGAAACCCUUCAGAGAACUUCUCUAUUUUAAAACCAAAGAGUUGUUGAGGUGACCAGUAGAAGAAGUUGAUGGAUGUAUGACGUUCCAUAUCUUCCUGAGGGAGGAUGAAAGGAAAACAUUUCAUGUUGCAGAAAGAUGAUGCCUUAACAAAGGUUUUUGCUUCCACAGUGCUCCACCUAAACAUAGUUUUAACUUGUGUUCAGAGAAGAAACAGUUGUGUUGCUGUUCCUCUAUGUCUUCACUGGCCAGUGCUUCUUUUUUGCACCUUCUGUUGAUGUUUGCAAAGCACUUGUUUCAGUACACAGUGUGACAGAAUCUCAGAUUUUUUCCCCCCAGUGAAUGCUGGUAUUUAUCAGGGAUGUGUUCUGGUUCCUACAAUGUUCAAUUGCUUUCAUGGAUUGCGUGUUGGGUUGAGUUGUGGAAACCAGCUGCUUGGGUGCCUUUUUUUGUGAGGAAAUAUUUCCUGACCUUUACUUUGUGGACGAUGCUGUAAUCAUUGCAGAAUCAACCUGACUAUCACCUCAGAAACUGAGUGAGGAAUUGGAGCAUGUGGAUUUGAGAUCGGAAUGGAUUAAAACUAACUUCCAAGCUUUCAAUGACUUCCUCCACUCUGCUGUCACAAGUGUAUCUGUAUGUGUUGAAAGGCUUGAACCUCUAGACUCUAGAGACUUCUCAUCAGUGACAUUCAGGGGACACCCUUCUUUCACCUGGCUGUGGUAGAUGUACAGUUACUUUUAAGAGUUGGGGAUGAAGAUGGGCUGGUUAUCUGUCUAGGUGGCUGCCAUCAAGUUAGCCAAGAUAGUUUAUUGUAGUAUGGUGGAUGCGGCACUAUACACCUCAGGUCUGAAAGGACCAGUGCAUGUUCCCAAACCUGAACUCAUUGGAGGCAGUAGUGCACACACAGACCAGAAAAUGUAGGUUAGCACAGCAUUGCAUAGUGCGACAUCUCUUUCUGAGAGGGAAUAUAUCCUCAACUAAAAGAAAACAAUUAUGUGGCUUCUUAUGUAAUGACAUUUAUCAGUAUUUUUUGGAGUAUAAAUUGCAGGUUUUUACUAGUUUAGGACGUCCUUCAACUCUUAUACUCAGAAAUCACAAUUACUUGUGAAUAACUAUUUAUAUAGGAGUUUCCCAGGAAUCAAAGCACUAAACAAAAAUAAACAGCAAUAAUUAAAGUGCAAUACAGCAAUGCACUAAAAUCCAAAAUUGAGAGAGCUGAUUUAAUGUUUAUUUUUUUUGUAAUGUUUAUAAUGCUGUGGCCCAGGAAUCUAGAUCAAUCUGACUAUUUUUGUCCAAACUGUGUCAUAUAACAUCUGGUAUGUUGUCUUAUCCCAUAUGUUGUUCAGCUUGCUUAUUUUUGGAGUUUAACAGUCCUUAUGUUAAGUAACUGCACAGGCUGUGGUGUGCACAUCAUAGCCUGUGCAGUUAGAGUUCCAGUCCCUUGUUAAACUUGUCAACCAGCGGAAACAGUUAUAAAGUGAGUUCCAUAUACAAAAAAAGUGAGACUUGUACUCCAGUGUGAUUUCUUUCUUUUUUUUUUUUUUUCCCCCUCUUCACAAUGCAUUUUUUUUUUUCUUGAGUUUGCGACUUAUAGUCUGGAAAAUACAGCAUUUUUAUUUUUUAAAGAUCAAGCUCCUCCACCUCUUCUGUUAUAGUGUUGCUUUUGUAAUCCAUCACCCGCUGCAUGCUGAGUCUUCCCUAGCUUCCACCGUGACAUGAGGCCAUACACAUAUGUGCAGGUCCCAUGGGAUGGUUGGUCUAUGGGUUUGGGUGUUCUUCUAGGAACAGCCAGGUGUGACAGGGGAAUCUUUGGAUUGUGGGCAGCCUGGUAGCUGUGUCUCAGCCCUGAGCCCAGUGAUCCCACAUGGGUGUCUGCUAUUACCCACUGCCAGGUGGAUGGGGGUGUCCAGGCUGAGAUCUGUGGGUUUCUGGCUGCGUCUCCUUGGACACUCCCCAUUGGUCUUGUGUGUGUGUGUUCACUUGAUGGGGUAUUGUUUGGUUGUCCUGCUGUUUUCAGUAGUCUCUGUAGGUUGGGAGUUGAUUUGGGCCUCCUGUUCCCUGUGUGUGUGUGUGUGUGUGUGUGUGUGUGUGUGUGUGUGUGUGUGUGUGUGUGUGUGUGUGUGUGUGUGUGUGUGUGUGUGUGUGUGUGUGUGUGUGUGUGUGUGUGUGUCUCUCUCUCUCUCCACUCUCUUGUAGUGCACGGUGCGUGAUGUUUGCCGUGGGCUCCCUGUGCAGCCCUGCAUGCAGGGUGGAGCCUGUGGCAUGGAUGCAACUUCUCGCAUUCAUUCACUUUUUCACAUCUCAUUAUCUGUCACAGUAGGCAGAUGCAUUUGGAGCUGUCACAUGUGCACUCGCAUAACUGACAUUCACUCAGUAUCUAACUCCUGGCAAACUGCAUACUUUUACCAGUAAGCAUGGUUUGGUGUUUUUCAUCGGUUUCUAUGAGAUUUAUUGUUACUGUCUUUUUUGUUACCCCUUAAAACUGGGGGAGAAACAGGAGCACUACACUGUUGCAAAAU